UGCCGUCACUGAAUUGAUGCACACUCGCAGCAAAUCCACUAUGUCAACGUUUUAGUGCCAAAUAUGCCGUCGGAGACAGUUUCAGGAAGACAUAUGUUUGUGUUCAAGCCAACGUUUGUGUCUGACGCAGAUUUCUUUAGAUUUUUUAGAUUCAAUAGUUGUUCUUGAUCUUGUGUGAAGGUAAGACCGAAAAACAGGCUAGCUUUUUGCUUGGUCACAAUUUACACCGUAGAAUAUUUUUUUAAAUGAACUACAGUAUACUUUGUUGGACAAAAGCAGGAGUCCUGCAAGCACUUUUGUAACGGUAAAUUUAUGUUCACAAAAUUGUCACAAGACCAUCGCUGAAAUGAAAGUGAAAUGGUAUGGAAGCAACAGUGGAUAAGAUAUUCAUUUAGGCUGGAUGUGUUUUUAUUUCGUAACAAACAAGUGGUAACGGCUAAACGUGGAGGCAUUCUCUUUCUGCUUCUGUUUUCUGGUCGUGUUAGAUUAGAUAGCAGGAAAUGCUGAUCAACACGAAAAAAGUAGGCUUUCGUCAUUUUGCAAUUCACAUGAGGAUGUGGCAUGCGAGUAUACACCUAAAAAAACGUUCGCUCAAAAUGGAGACCCAGAUAAAUUGUUGUUCUUUCAAAAUGGUAUAGUCAUUAAAUGAUUUCACAGAGGUUCUCUAAACGUACAUUAAAUUCCGUGAGAAUAGUUUUUUUAAAAACAGAAUCAAUAGACAGACCAGACUAAUGAGCAAAUUCCAGCAUAUCUAUAUUUCAAUCCUACCAUGCACUUAAAUGGCAGUUAAAUAUAGCAGUAUUCUUUCAAAAAAUAUCACAAGUAAUCCAGACAGCACAGCCUUCAUCAGUCUUUUUUCAUCAGGCCUUCUUGACUUAUUAUCAAACAGCAAAAAAAGAAAAAAUCAUAAUUUAAGGGGCCGAGUUAAGAUCUGAAACACAUGACUUCCACAGAAUUUAUGGAAAUGAAUUCCUUGAACAGUGGCAGCUUCUUCCAGCAGCAUAUGGACUAAUGCAUUAAUCUGAUGUGUCCCUGUGUGCGUGUGCAUUUAAUUUGGAGAAUUAAAAAAACUCAUUUACCCAAGAGCACCAAAUAAACAGUAAUCCCAGAAUACAACUUCUAAGCAUAUAGUUUUCUCCCUUUUAUUUUGAGGGAACACGGCGUGCCAAAAUCAAACUGUUUGCCGGGACACUUUCACCCCAUGCCCCCCCCCCCAACCCUCCCCCCCUCCCUCCUCCCCUGAAGGACUCCACUUUAAGGACAGGCUUUAUUUCCAGGGGGAAUUUCCUUAUUACUAAAGUUUUAGUGCUGGUUUAUCAUCAACCUAGACAGUUUUUGUCUGGCAGGAUAUUUUAAGUGUUCAGCAAUGUUUCUCUGAAGACCUACCAGCUUUACAAUAGCAGGUAUAUCGCAUUUAGGGGUUAAGCUUUACAAUAGCAUAGUGCUGGGCAGGAGGCGAUGUUGGCGGACGGUUUGGUGUGUGUGUGUUGGGCAGGAGGCGAUGUUAGCGGACGGUUCACUGUGCAUGUUUUGGCAGGAGGACGAGGAGCGCAGGGAGAAGCAGGUUCUGGUGCUGGGUCUGGACGGCGCGGGGAAGAGCAGCAUGCUGCAGGGCCUGACAGGAAGUGGAACCCGGCGGCGGUGCCGGCCGACCCGCGGCUUUAACUUCAUGAGCCUGAACACGCCGGCCUGCCAGCUGGACUUCCUGGAGAUUGGAGGUGGCGAGGACCUGCGCAGGUACUGGGCGGAGUACCUGAGGAGGACGCACGUCCUGGUGUACGUGGUGGACUCCUCCGACAGGCGGCGCCUCCCGCUGGCCAAGGACGAGCUCCAUCGCCUCCUCCGGGCCGAAGGGCAGCUGCCUGUGCUCGUCCUGGGAAACAAGCAGGACAAGCCCGACGCGGUGAGCGUGCCGGAGCUCCGUGAGGCCCUCUCCCUGGGGGGGGUCGGGGGCGAGAGGAGGCUGUACCUGAUGGGGGCUCAGCUGGGCGCUGACGGGUUCCACGCCCCCUGCAGCCUGCAGGCCGUCCAGGACCUGCUCCUGCAGCUGGUGUGAGAGCCAACGCAGGACGAGAGGAAGAGAAGCGAGGGGAGAAGAUAAGCGAUUAGGAAGAGCCCCAGGGCCCCCCAUGCAGUCCGGGGUUUGGGGGAGGGGCGUUUAAAUCCUCACGACUGAGGAUUGUAGAUGAGCGUAGAUGAGUGACCUCCCUCUGCAGGACACUUAAAACUGGAACUACAAGGCCGGCCGAUGGCAGGCUCAAACUGGAGGAAGGUUUCGCGUCAUUGUUUCCAGGAAUAACCAACAAAAACCUACGGCAUAAUAGCAACACAGGGACAAUAUUACGCAUUAUUUGAAGAGUAUACGCAUGCAAAAGAUUCGUUAUAUUGUAGCAUAGAUUUUUAAAGACAGAGCUUUUUUAAAUCUCUAAUUGAACCCUUUCAAUUUUAAGUUUUAAUUGUAAAUAAGACUCCAGUGAAAAUGUAGCAGUUUGACUGAAAGCAAAGCCAUUCCUUAAGAAUAGGUGUGCAUUACGAAUGUUCUGUGGAGAUGAAAAAGGAAAUAUAUGCUCAGACAUAAUUUAUUAAUCAGUGGUACGAUUUGCAGGGCAAUGAAUUGAUUAUUCAGAAAAUAUUUCUGACGUUUUUGUGCAAUAGAUGCAUUGGAACUCAAUAAUCAGUGUUUACUUGGCUAUGGUAUUGAAUGACCCGCCCUGAAAAAUAGAUUUUAGUGUUGUGUAACAUUAUCGGGAUGCGUAUUUUUGAGUGUUACUCAACACAAGUUUUCUUAUUUCUGUAUAAUUUACAAAGUGAUGUAUUUAGGACACUAACUAGAAUCACGCUACUCUUGAGUUAAGAAUUUAGUUGCCAAUUUGAAUUGAUAACUUAUUUCUAUACUGUGAUACUUGUGCCUCAGUGUCAAAGCAGAGAUGUGUAAUAUAUUAUAAGAAAACAUUUUGAAUGUCGAAAAUGUAGUUUUCCUAUUGAAAUGAAAAUAAAUAUAUGUACUACAUUUUAGUUUGUAAAAUGAAAAACAUGUAGUGUCUUAUAAAUGUAAUUCAAGAUGUAGAUUUUAUAUUAAUGACUGUGUAAAUUCCCGCCUUGUACAUACUUUAUGAUUGUUGAAUUGAGUAGUAAACUGAUUUAGCAGAGUGCCACGAUAGUUUAAUCCGUGUGAAUGUUCCUGUGAAAUACAGAUCUGUCGCUGUCUCUUAAACUGAAGUGCAGCGCUUUCAGAUUUUUGGUAUUUUGUGCUUUGAGUUUGUCACAUGCAGCCACUCUGCUGGAAUGAACUGAAAUGCUGUCAUGGUGACAGUUUGUGUCGCGUUGGUUUUAUUCUGCACAGCAUUACAGCAAAUGCCACAGAAAGCGGGAUACUGACCUUACAUUUUUUGUAGUCACAAAGGAAACACUGAUCAGACGACUGAUUGAUGGUGAAAAAUGUAUUUUAAAAUUAAAUGUCAGUAUUGUUGGUGUACAUGUGAAUUUCAUGUAAAUGUACUUUGAGCUUUGCAUCGAAAUUGUAUUCACAGAAGAAUAAAAACAAAACAAUACUCCUUUGAAAA